AUGUCCGACCCCGUCGCUGACGCCGCGCAAAAGCACCCUGCGCCCGAGGGUCUUGUGUAUACGUAUGGAACAGCUGGCUUCCGGACAAAAGCAGAUGUCCUCGACUCUGUCCUGACCCGUGUCGGCCUCAUUGCGGCUCUCCGGUCGCGAGCGCUCAAGGGAAAAUGGAUUGGCGUCAUGAUUACCGCCUCGCACAACCCACCCCAGGACAACGGCGUGAAGCUUGUUGAGCCAAUGGGCAACAUGCUCCAAGAAGAAUGGGAAGUCAUCAGCACCAAGAUGGCUAACCAAGCCACCCCCGCCGACGUGUCCAAAUACUACCACGACAUUGCCGCUCAGUACAAAAUCGACCUCGAUACGCCUGCCCGCGUCGUAGUAGCCCGAGACACAAGAGCGUCCGGCUCGAGGCUUCUCGAAUGCCUCAAGGACGGCUUGAACAGCGCUGGUGCCGAGACCAAGGACUAUGGCUUCUUGACCACGCCGCAGUUACACUACAUGGUACGGUGCUUGAAUACCGAGGGCACCAAGGAUGCCUACGGUGAGCCAACCGAGAAGGGCUACUACGAGAAGUUCAGUGCGGCUUUCAAGACGGCACUGAAGGGAAAGCAGCCUUCUGGCAGUCUGACAGUGGACUGUGCCAACGGUGUCGGUGGGCCAGCGCUGAACAAGCUGGUCAAGUAUCUUCCGUCCAAAGACCAAGGCGGUCUCGACAUUUCUGUAAUCAACGACAACGUCAUCAAGCCUGAGAGCCUCAACGUCGACUGCGGAGCAGACUUUGUAAAAACCAACCAACGUGCCCCUCCCUCUUCCAAGGCCGGGCCUGGCGACCGCUGCUGCUCGCUCGACGGCGACGCCGACCGCGUCGUCUACUACUUCAAAGACGAGAAGAACGUAUUCCGGCUCCUAGACGGAGACCGCAUCGCCACGCUCGUCGCCUCUUUUCUCGGCGACCUGGUGCGACAGAGUAAUCUGGCCGACAAGCUGAAGAUUGGCGUCGUCCAGACGGCCUACGCCAACGGCGCUGCGACAAAGUACGUCGAAGACAAUCUCAAACUCAAAGUCGAUUGCACACCCACGGGCGUCAAGUACCUGCACCACGCGGCUGAGAAACUGGACAUUGGCGUCUACUUUGAAGCGAAUGGCCACGGGACUGUCAUCUUUAGCCACGACACGUUGGCCACGAUUGCGAGCCAUGAGCCCCGGAACCCGGGGGAGAAGGAGGCGCUCGAUGUGCUGAGGGCGUGCAUCGAGCUGAUCAAUCAAGCCGUGGGAGAUGCGCUUUCAGACUUUUUGCUCGUAGAAGUUGUGCUGGCGCAUAAGCGGUGGGGACCGCAGGAGUGGUUGUCGACGUAUUCGGAUCUGCCUAACCGCCUUUUGAAGGUGUUGGUUAAAGAUCGUUAUGUUUUCAAGACGAGGGAUGCGGAGAGGAAACUUACGAGUCCGGAGGGCUUGCAGGACAAGAUUGAUAAGGAGGUGCAGAAGGUUAGGCAGGGGAGGAGCUUUGCGAGGGCGAGUGGGACGGAAGAUGCGGUUAGGGUUUAUGCCGAGGCGGAGACCAAGGCGGAGGCGGAGGAUUUGGCGAGGAAGGUUGCGGGGCUUGUGGAGGGGGCGGGGGCGUAA